AUGAAGUUUCUCACUAUUGCUCUCGCCGCUAUGGCUGCUUCCACUGCCUCUGCCGCUGCUAUGACCAGCUGGUGUGACCACCCUGGCCAGCCUUGCUAUAAGAUGAAGCGUACUGCCGACAUCUCCUCCGAGAUUAAGCGUUCUGCUGAGGCUCUUGCUGAGGCUAUGGCCGAGGCUGAGCCCGAGGCUAUGACUAGCUGGUGUGACCACCCCGGCCAGCCUUGCUACAAGGUCAAGCGUGCUGCUCUCGCUGUUGACGAGGUUAAGCGCUCUGCUGAUGCUCUCGCUGAGGCUAUGGCUGCUAUUGGCCAGGAGUAA